AUGGCGUCAAAUACUUUACGACCGAGGAUCCAUUACACAAAGUUGAGCACAUCUCGGGAUGAGGUUCGCUUUUUGGAGAUUGAGCCCGCCAACAGUAUCAACGAGCAGGUCGUCUGUCGUCUAGUGACGCGCCCUCUUCACAAGGACUCUGAGUUUCUCGCCAUCUCGUCGUUGCUCGGCGAUCCAACCCAGCAGGAUAGGAUUAUAUUGGAUCGAUCACCUAUCGCGGUACCGACUCAUAUCGCCCUGGCCUUAAAGCAUGUUCGCGCCGUGUUCUAUCCAGCAAUCCAAAAGGCAAGCCAGGAGAACUUGGGGAAGAAAAAGGAUGGCCAGUCACCGGGAUGGUUCAAGAGCUUGCUUAAGCACUUUGGAGGAAAGGAGCACGACGGCAGACCGAAGCUACGAGUUUGGAUCGACUGUAUCUGCGUCAAUGGAAUGGACUCGAGGGAGAGUUCAAAGCAUAGACUCAUAAUGUACCACGUCUACCAGCAAGCACAGAUGGUUGUGGGAUGGGUCGGCCUCAAGAUACCUCAGACGGACCUUGGCAUCCAGCUGAUUCAAGCAUUCGACCAUGCCAUGCCAGAGACGUGGCAGGAGCCUGGCGACAAGGAGGCACACCCCGAGAACUAUUCACCGCAUCACGAAUGGGCAAUACCUGUCAUUGACUUGUUCGAUCCCAAAGCUGAUACCGCUAUUGGCACUGCUGACUUCCUGAACCGCGAUUUCUUUCAUCGGCGGUGGAUCCUCGAGGAGAUGGCCAUGGCGCGGGUACCGACUUUCCUCAUCGGCGAUGCCAUCGUGUCUUGGAAGCAGAUACUGCGGUUAAAUCUUGCGAUGGAGGAGUUCAAAGACCACGAGUCAAAUGUGUGCCCAGCUUCUACACGGCCGCUGAUUCACGAGUUUCCCCUGGGCACUAUCCACGAGCUGCUGGACGAGUUCGAGAAGAGGAAAAAGAUGGCCAAGAUGGAGUCUCUGAACAGCCAUUCCGUAUCAGGGAGCACCACGAGCGCGGACUCAAGAAGCCGCCAGGAUUCGUGGCAGUGA